UAAAUAAAUAUUUAUAUAUAUUGAUUCAAUUGACUUUUACUUGUUUCUUUAGGAAUUGUUAAUUGUAAACAGUUAUAGUAAGACUUAUACCAAUAUAACAUCACUAUUUACAAAUGUCUACUCCAUUCGGUAUUGAUUUAGGUACUUCCAAAUCAGUCAUUUCAGCUGCCAGAAAUGGUGGUAUUGAUGUCAUUGUUAAUGAAGUUUCCAACCGUGCUACUCCAUCUUUAGUUGGGUUUGGUCCAAAGAAUAGAUUAAUUGGAGAAAGUGCUAAGAAUAAACAAAUCUCCAAUGUUAAAAAUACCGUUGAUAACAUAAAGAGAAUUGUUGGAUUAGAUUUUGAUGAUGCUGAUUUAGAAAUUGAAAAGAAAUAUUUCACUGUUCCUUUAGUUAAAGAUGCCGCCACUGGGGGUGUUAGUGCUAAAGUCAGAUUAGGUGGUGAACAAAAAGAAUUCACUGCUACUCAAUUAUCUGCCAUGUUAAUUAAUAAAUUAAAAGAUACUGCUCAUAAAGAAACUAAAGCCAAUCUUGAACAAGUUGCUCUUUCUGUUCCAUUAUGGUAUAAUGAAAAACAAAGACAUGCUGCUGCUGAUGCUUGUAGAAUUGCUGGUUUAACCCCAGUUCAAAUCGUCAAUGAAGUCACUGCUGCUGCUGUUGGUUAUGGUGUUUUCAAAGCUAAUGAAUUACCAGUUGAUGAACCAAAAAAAAUUGCUUUUAUUGAUAUUGGUCAUUCAUCUUAUCAAAUUUCUAUUGCUUCUGUUAAGAAAGGAGAAUUAAAAAUUUUAGGUUCUGCUUAUGAUAAACAUUUUGGUGGUAGAGAUUUCGAUUAUGCUAUUGCUGAACAUUUUGCUAAAGAAUUUAAAGAUAAAAAGAAGUUGGAUGUUCAUGAAAAUCCAAAAGCUUUUUACAGAGUUUUAGUUGCUUCUGAAAAAGUUAAGAAAGUUUUAUCAGCUAAUUCUCAAGCUCCAUUCAGUGUUGAAUCUCUUAUGGAAGAUGUUGAUUUCUCUUCUUCUUUAACCAGAGAAGAAUUAGAAGCUUAUGUUCAACCAUUAUUAAACAGAGUCAAUGUUCCAAUUGAAGCUGCUUUAAAAGAUGCUGGUUUAACUAUUGAAGAUAUUGAUUCCGUUGAAGUUAUUGGUGGUUGUACUAGAGUUCCAUCCUUAAAACAAAAAUUAACUGAUAUUUUCGGUAAACCAUUAUCUUUCACUUUAAAUCAAGAUGAAGCCAUUGCUAGAGGUAAUGCUUAUAUUUGUGCUGUUCAUUCUCCAACUGUUAGAGUUAGACCAUUCAAAUUCAGUGAUUAUAAUCAAGAUGCCGUUACUUUUAGUUGGGAUAAACAAUUAGAAGAUGAUGAAAAUGAAAUAGAUUUCCCAAGAGAUCAUAAAGUUCCAAAAGAAUUUACUAUUAAAUUCCAAGCUAAACAAGAUUUUGAAGCUUCUCUUAGAUAUACUGGAUCACCAAUUGAUUCUAAACCAAUUGCUAAAUGGCAAGUUAAAGGAGUUGUACCAAAAGAAGGUGAAUCUGAAAUUGAAGUUAAAUUAUAUGUUGGAGCCAAUGCUUCAGGAUGGUAUACUCUUGAUGCUGCUGAAACUAGAGAAGAUACUUUAGUUAAAGUUUUAGUUGAACAUGAAGAUGAAGAAGAUGCUGAACCAGAAUAUAAAGAAGAAAAGAAGAAUGUUAAAAAAGAUGAUUUACAAAUCAUUGUUUUAUCAUCAUCUCAAUUAACUGAAUCAGUUAGAAAUGAAUUUAUUGAAGUUGAAAAUGCUUUAACUUCAACUGAUAAAUUAGUUGCUGAUACUGAAGAAAGAAAAAAUACUUUAGAAGAAUAUAUUUAUGAAUUAAGAGGUAAAUUGGAAGAUCAAUAUAAAGAUUUUGCUUCUGAACAAGAAAAGGAAACUUUAACUGCUUUAUUGUUAAAGACUGAAGAUUGGUUAUAUGAUGAAGGUGAAGAUGCCAAGAAAGCUAAAUAUAUUGCUAAAUAUGAAGAAUUAGCUUCUAAAGGUAAUAUCAUUAGAGGUCGUUACUUAGCUAAGGAACAAGAAAAGAAAGAAGCCAAUAGACAAAAGCAAGAAGCUGCCAACACUGCUGCUCUUCAAGAAAGACUUGCUGCUUCAAGAGGUCAAAAACCAACUGAAGAAAAAGCUGCUGAACCAGAAGAUAUUGAAAUGGAUUAGAUUUUUCCAUUCCAAUAAUAAAAACUAUAUCAACCGUUUAUAGAAUUUGUGAUUGAUUUUUUUCCAAUAAUAUUCAUGGUCAUACCUGUAUGGGUGUGAUUAACGAACCAAAGUCAUGUUAGAUUAGGAUUUAAUAGUAAUAAUAUAUCUAUCUUGAUGAUAUUUACUUAUACAUAAUAUUAGCUUUCUCUCUAUAUAUAUUUUAAAUUUGUAUGUAUGUUUAAUUAUCUAUUUAUCAUUGUUGUUAUAA